ACCUCGUGUAUAUAAUGAUAAUUUGCAAUACUUUAAUAUUUCUCCUUCUCCAAAUACUCUAAACUGGACUCGUGUCGAAAGUGAUUAUGAUGAAGCUGAUUCAGACAUAGAAGAAAGUCCCAAAAGUCAAGGUAUGCAUAGUUCAGAUAAAGCAGAGUCCUCAACUGUUGGAAUAGUCUAA